UGUUGAAUACACAAGCAAGCUGGUUAAUUAGAUAAAUGAGUUAGAGAAGACGGGAAAUGUUUUUGGUAGCUUUAUUUUCUGCCUGUACAUCACACAUUUACAUUCAUGUGUACAUAAGCACACAUUGGCUUCCUUCCUCAGAGGCAUCUGCCUGAAAGGAGCUUCUGGUUCUAUUCCAUUCACAAACCAACUUUCCAUUCAGGUCCAUUGUGCUGGCCUGGGGGCAGUGCGCGUGGGCAUACUGGCUGCUAAAGCAGGUGUUGGAAGUUCUCGGGUCACAGUCUGAGGCUCCACUGGCUCUUGAUCAGAGUCGUCUCCCAGCUUGGAUACUAGGAGAGGCAUAACCAGUGAGUCCUGGUCUUCACUUGUCCCUGGAGAGUGGUUGUUCCCUUUUCUAGGCUUUAAUCAGAAGCUCUUGAUUAUACUGCAGACCAGGGCAGACCUUGGAUGGUGAUAUGAAAAUGAAGCCAAUCAAUCAGCAUUAGCAAUAAUGAUAUGAGUUGGUGUUGCCUUUGGAGGUCUCUUGAUUCUAUUUUAAAUUGUCUCUGAAAAAUCUGUCUUACAGAAAGGAAGAGGUUUUAUCAGAACGUCAGCAUCUCACAGGGUGAAGGUGGCUUUGAGAUAAACCUGGACCACAGAAAGCUGAAAACUCCCCAAGCCAAGCUUUUUACCGUCCCCAGCGAGGCCCUGGCUAUUGCGGUGGCCACUGAAUGGGACUCCCAGCAGGAUACCAUCAAGUUCUACACCAUGCACCUGACCACAUUGUGCAAUACAUCCUUGGACAACCCAACCCAGCGAAACAAAGACCAGUUGAUCCGGGCAGCUGUGAAGUUUCUAGACACGGACACCAUCUGCUACAGGGUGGAAGAACCAGAGACAUUAGUGGAACUUCAAAAGAACGAAUGGGAUCCCAUCAUAGAGUGGGCUGAGAAAAGGUAUGGAAUGGAGAUCGGCUCCUCUACCAGCAUAAUGGGGCCCAGCAUCCCUACCCAGACCCGAGAGGUGCUUACUAGCCACUUGGCCUCUUACAACAUGUGGGCCCUGCAAGGGAUUGAAUUUGUAGUGGCCCAGCUCAAGUCCAUGUUGUUGACUUUGGGCCUGAUUGACUUGCGCCUGACUGUGGAACAAGCUGUGCUGCUGUCACGCCUGGAGGAAGAGUACCAGAUCCAGAAGUGGGGCAACAUUGAAUGGGCCCAUGACUAUGAGCUCCAGGAACUGCGGGCUCGCACUGCUGCUGGCACCCUUUUUGUCCACCUCUGCUCGGAAAGCUCUACAGUCAAGCAUAAGCUCCUGCAAGAGUGAGGCCUGGGGUGCACACACUUGCUGGAAGGAACUGCACAGGCACAGGCUCGCUGAUGUGGGCCUCCUCGGCUGUUGGACCCCUGUAUCCAGUGAUGCUCGGCUAGCCAGUACCUAUUAGGCUCCCUCAGCCUGUACCUGUAAGGCUACCCCGUCUGUACCUGGUCUUCCCUGACCUGUGUGGCUUGGCCAUAUAUACAAGCAUCCUGAGAUGCCCUGGAGACAUAGUGUGCCUGACUUGAGGUCAGACAGCUUCCGAUGCAGAUGUCCUUGGUUUGACCAGUAGUGAGGAAGGGAGACGAGUGAUAUAUAUAGGGACUUUCUCUUGACCCUGAUUUUAUUAAAUAUUUUUUCAUUCUGGAAAUAUAUCAAGCCUCAUUUUCA